GCCAACCUACACGCACUCCCGACUGGUGGAGUAAACUCGAAAGUGAAGAAACCUUUCACUCGAUACUCCGAUCGUCUUUUACCGAUUCCUUCGGCGCAGCUAAAUCAGUACCUUGAUGCAGAAUGGGGAUUUCUGAAGGAGCGCUUGUGUCAGGUUCUCUCGAGUGGCGAUGUAAUAUGUCAGCUACCUGUGAUUCUAGACUCCAUCCACCGAUAUAUUAUAAUCAACGGUCUACGCUUCCCGAAACCUGAACAGGUCGCUCUGCUUCGAUUCAGUUUGAGCUUGGUUUGCUGUCCCAGUCUUGAUUUUGUGGUUUCCAUGGCUGGCUUGGGUCUUGCAAGCGCCAUACUAAAGUAUUUUUGGUCACUUCCAAUCAAGUCUGUGGAGCUCAACUGGAGGCACUUUCACGAGCUGAUCGAUUGGCUGUCGAUUUCACCGGAAGCUCGAGCGAAUCUACUUCCAUGGGGCCAGCGGAAUGUUGGCAGCCUCGUGGAUUUGAUUCGUGUUGUCAAAACAUUUUUCCCAGUCUCUUCGAUCGAGGAAAUAUGGAUGAAGUACCGGCACGAGAUAACGAGUCGUAUGCUCGAGUCAUUCGACCGACCUGCUUCAAACAAAUUCUACAUGUUCACUCCUUUCCAUCCGAAUUCCUUCGAUACAAUCAAUCGAACUUGGUUGCCAAGUGUCUUCGACUUCUGGUACCUCAUACCAGAUUUUGGUCCGCGGUUUCAAGACGUGAUUCGGUUGUUCGCUCUUUUGGCACGCAAUUGUCGUGGUUGUGUUGACUGGGAGCCUCAUCUGGAACGCGUGUUCUGCGGUCUGCUACGAUCCAUGACACUCCCAAACGGUCCAUCAUCUUUUGCCGAUGAACACGCAGCGACGAAACCGCUAGUAUUUCAUCAUUAUGCCACACUGCUGAUCAAUGCUAUCGGUCCGGAUCGUCCCGAUUGUCCGUCCACUGUGAUUCCUCGGUUGGAGAAAUUCUACAAGGCCGUUACUCACUUCUGUCAUCCGUCAAACACCAGCAAAUCCGCCGCCUUUCUGAUCCUGUUCACGCGCCGACUGGUCAUGGCUCUCUACCAGCGACUGCGGAGUGAACUUUUCCCUCACCCAAAACAGGUGGCACAUUUCGGUUCCCCACCUGCUGAAUACAAUCUUUCCGUGUCCCAAGUGGAUCAACUGGUUGGCCUGUUGGUCCCUAUAACCGUGGAUUACAUGCUGUUCAGCAACCUGGAUUGUCACUUGUUGACUAUCCUGCAUUCUAUUGAUUUCUUGGCCCGCAUGCGUCCUCGAGCUGUGAUGCCAAAGCUUCUAGCUUGUUUGGAGGAUGGAUUGUCGAGACCGGAAGCGCCGUUGCGUUACUCCCGACCGUUGUCUGCUCUGAUUCUCAGUGUGGCCAGCUUUUCACACGUCCGCUUUCCAGUCUUUCAGCAUGGCUCAAUGGGGAAUACAGACGUCGAAUCUCGGGAAGCGCACCAGGAUGCAUUCGCUGAACAACCAGAAGAACAUGAGGAAGAUGAACUCCAGGUUGGGGACAGUGAGGAAUCCAUCGAACCGGAUACUAACUCCUCUGAUGAAAUGAUCCGUGAGCCGGAUUCAGGCGAAAUGAACAACAGGAAGCGGCAAUCUGCCGAAUUCAAACCAACUAUAUCUCCUCCAGACAAAGCCCAUUUGGCAGCAUUCCUCUACCCAGAGGGUCGCUGUCAGCUUAUGCGCUUGAUGAACUCUCUGAUAGCUGGUUUCGAUCCCGACUACCCAGACCGCUUUGCUGCCACCAUGGCCUGUUACAGUCGACUGUUCCUUUCAGUGCCUAUACAGGACUACCCAGUUUCCGCAUCUGAUGAACUCGAAGAAAGUGGUUUGGAUCAGAUGGAGGAGGUAGUGACAAACGUUUACGCCCGUAUUCUUGAGCAUUUACAGUUUGCAAACGACCGCUCUUGUGUGUCACACAAUGUGAGUAAUGGAGAGUCAUCGAUACGGACGGUUACCGGGGAUGGAAGGUUCAUACAUCGUCCGCACACGGCUCCUGAAGGUCGCCCUCGUGUCCCAAUGGAAAGUGCUAUUUUGAGCAAUCUGACUGGUUUGGCCGUGACGAUGGCAAUUUCAGCUGGUCCCAAUCCCAUAUUUCGUCAGCGAUUGUUACGGCUCUUAGUUGAUGCCAUUUUCGCAGCACAGUGGGAACCUGACACCGCUCGCUUGCUGGCUUGUCAACUAUAUUGGUUCUCUGUGAAUUCCCGACAAUCUGUCAUCUCACUUCAAACCCUCAGGGACAUUGAAUCGCCAGAGACUUGUUCGGAUACUGCUUUAUUCGCUUUGGAACUGAUUUGGCCUCGUUUUAUGCAAUUGGUUGAAGAAGUGGAUUCCGAUCAGUUUUUCGUAUACCGGGGACGAGUAGAACCGCGACUACUGGCACUGCUGUACAUACUUCCUGGAUCCUUUUCCGCCCUCCACCCGUCGAGAUUGUUGGAACCGUCGUUCUUCCAGCGCUACCUCUUGCCGUUACUACACCUUCUGUCCAAGCUUUUGUAUAUGUCAACUGGGGUAUCAGUGAUUACCGCGAACAUUGACUGGUGGUUAGAUGAACCAAAGAAUCACCACAUGAAGGAUCAGUCGGUCUGUCCGGCCUUGGCUGAGGCAGCUUCUGCUCUACUCGCCACUUUGCUACGUCGACUUACAACUUGCUCAAUCGACCUUACAAACUUUGACUUAAUGGCCACUGGAUCUACCAGCAGCACUCCGGAAACACUAUUCCUUACAUCAAAUUGGUGGACACCCUUCAUCAGCUCACGCACCAUGUUUGAACUGUCUCAGAAUCUCCCGGCCGGGAUCAACAACUUCAACUCUUCGAACCAGAUCGCUCCUUUCUGGGUUGUUCCGUGUACAAGGCAAAGGGAGCUUGCAAAGCAGUUAGUCGAAAUUUUCUUAGAACCGGUUAUUCGCAAGCUAGGCGAAAUAACGUCACGCCUAUCUCCUGUCAGUGGCAUCACCCACAUGUCUGGUUUCGAACCCGGGCUAUCUCUGUCCACUCAACGCGAUCAGCUAAGUGCUUUACUAAUUUGGUUGAACAACGUGCUUACUGGCAUUGCAGAUGACUUGGCGCCUCGCAUGCCUGACUUUGCCGCACAGGAACAGGCUUAUCUCACAAGUCAACCAUUCUCACAGCCGGAUGUCACAAGUGCCUUCGCCAACCUUCCAUUCUUUGACUGUGUUCUCCCAGAUGACACAGGAAAACCCACAGGUCUACGGGAGUUAGUGUUCACUCUUGGUCUCAAUCUUUUGGACAAAAUAGCCGAACUCUUUAGGCAAGCUGAUGAUAGUUUAUCCUCGGAAGACAUUGCACACCCUGAAAGCCACGAAGAUAUAUACGACAGUGCUCCUACCGCGCCUGCGCAACCAUCGAAUAGUGUAGGACAGCUCCUGAAUUUGUCCCAGAUAGCUGAUCUACUUUCCCUCAUUCAGACCACAGGAUUCAACUUAGGGUCUAAUGAAAACUAUCCCUGUUUACUCCGGACCUCAAGGGGCCCGGUUGGUUUGUACGGGAAGUCGCUUGGAGCUGCCGCUUGUCUGAGAACUGUUGAAAACAACUUGAAGGGGAUUGUGCUCAUCCCCGGAAUUCAGCAAUUGUGUGGCUCGCCUUGCGCCACAGAUAGCCAGUUCUUUCCAUUCUACUGUGGUAGUCGGUUGGAACUCCCUGUUAGAAAGGGUUGCUCGCUACUCACUUGGCUAGCGACUAUUCAGCGACGUUACCUCCGGCUUCAGAGUAAACGCCUGCAGUAUCCGCUGACGUUUGCUGCAGCGGGCCUCGCGGCACCGAACGGAUGUGAUGAAUGCAUGAUACCUACCCCGUUAAUUCGACGUUUGGUUCAAACGAUGGGCGUUCUAGCGACCGCACCAAGGCGCAACGACAUACGUCACUGUGUGUCUCACCAACUCACUUCUAACGUGUUACCUAAAGUGGCACAGGUCACUGCCGAACUGGCGUCUGCGAUGGUUGAUCGUUUAGAGGACGCCGUUGCUGAUGUGGAACAACAGGCGGCCGAUGCUCACUUGUUGCCCGGGUCGAAUGAAAGUGUGGUUGCUCGGUUAAGGGAAGCGAAGUUCAAGUUGGUAACACACCGCCGUCGAACAUGUAUCAAGCUGUUGUCAGAUUUGUUUCACAAAAUUUCGCAGACACAUCAGGACGAUGAAUUUGUUCGUCUGGAUCCAUCAAUACCGGCGCGUAUGUGGGUAGCGAUUUCCGCCCAAGCUAUUCAUACUUCACAAGCUGAAGAAGAUCCAUCCACAAAUCAAACUCUCACUCCCGCUGAACGUCGGUAUCGACGUACUGCCCAAGAUCAAUUGGAAAAACUCGUCUUAGAGGUUUAUGGAAAAGCUUCUAUAUUCCCAUUGAGGUUUCUGUUGCACUUUCCUACCCAGCGGGAUCAAAUUCCAUCUUCCAGUUGGUUAGCAAGGGUUUAUGACGAAGCUGAAAACCUACUAACCGCGUUCCACUCACCUCGGACAGCAUCCCUGAGUCAAACAAAUCCAGAGAUUCUUCAAGUGGUUACAAAACGACGCAUUGUUUGUCAGCGUUUUCUCUCUGAUCUAUUAGACCGAUGUCUUUCAAAAUGCGAAGCCAUUCUAGUCAGCCGCGGUUCGGAGCCUACCCGAGGCACUGCAGGCCAGGCCCUGGUUGCCAGAUUACUGUCACUUCUUCCUCGUCAUGUCGACCCGCCUUUAACCCCGUCCUGGCUUCCCCAUACUGUUUUGCUCGCUCCCCCUCCUCCGCCUCCUCCGUUGGAUCUCCUGAGUACGGCUCUGCAUUUGGUGCUCUCACAUCAACCGGAAGUUGCUGAAGCUGCCUGUAAUUACCUUCAAGACAUGCUGUUUCUACUGCUUCUGCGCCACAGAUCAUGUCCGGUUGUUUUACGCGAUCCUGCUCAGAUAGCUGGACAAAAGUUGGGGACCUCAGUUUUACAGAAUGAUCCCCCUGUUCCAUGUCCUCGGCCGGAUAAUAUAUUCCUCCUUUUCGACCCUGACGCUCGUAUUUUGGCAACAGAUGAGAGCUAUCGAAAUCAUCACCACCUACCAACAGCAAACAUCGGUUUUACUUAUCUUCCCACGGAGGUGUAUUCCAAAGAUCCCUUCUAUGAACCAGCCUAUCCAGUGUUUUCUCCAGAUAAUGGCGAGCUGGAUGUAAGUAAGACAGAUUGGCUCGACCAUCUUGAUACCACGGAUGAGAAUGGACAGCUGACUCGUGACUGUCUGUGUUUCUUGGCCCGCAACUUGGCUAGCCCGACUGCAGAGGUUAGACAGUUCUGGUUGACCCUGGCCGAUCGUCUGUUGCACCUCCACCGACGGCCGAGCAAGCGUUUGUUCCCCAUUUCAAGCUUUCUACGAGUUUGUGCCCUUAGCUUCGGUCCCAACCCUUUCGUCCACCACGCUGAGGCAUUUUUCCAUGCACUUCUACCUAUUUGUCCCGAAGGACUGGUGCGCAAGUUUGACGGACUGACAGAGGUCGUUGGCCCAGCUUGGUUUCGUCACGGCUUGGUGGAAUUCACCAUCGGAACUUUGAAUUGGCCUCGUACUUGGCGAUACUACUACCUGGGACGCGUCUUGCCGCGACUGGUGGCUACAUACGAACGGAAUGCACUGUCCGUAACAACUGUUGGGCUUGCGCAAAGUGCUGCUGGUCAGGUUCAUCCAGCGUUAUUGGAUGACAUUGGAGCGUCUUUAUCCUAUGCUUCCAGUUAUAGUGGUGUGGGUAGUUGCGAACAAGCCAGUACUUUCCAAUCGGAUUUUAAACAAACGCCAGUCCAGGAGCAUUCAAAUGAAGUUCAUCCCGCCCUUGAUCCUCAUGAUACCGUCUCCCAAUCUCAGGCUGGUGGGCCACUCGAUCGUCUAGCGUUUUUUUCACCCAUUCUCUUCUCUUGCCUUUGUCACUUCGAAGGCCUGGAUAUCAGCACUUUGCAUCCGUUGUGGGACUGGAUUCAAAGCGGGGUAAUGGACUGUGCUCGAAAGUUGAACGGAUUCACGGUUCCAACGAACUCGGAGGCGACGUGUGGUCACAGUCCGGUUGUCAAGGCACCGAUGGAGUCAGCCGUUCAGUCAAAGGACGAGUGCCCCAUAUGUAUGCUGAAUCGAUGCAUGCCAUUAGCACAUCGUCGUGUGUUCUACGCACAUCUCUGUGUAACUUUCAUCAUUUGUUUGGGGUGGAAAGCUUCCAAGCUGUUCCCUUAUCUCUCAACAUGUCUCCCGUUCAAAGGUGACCCCAAAAACCAUGACAGUGCAUCUCAGGCUCAGCUAACCUGGUUUCAGAAGGCGUGCGACAAUUCCGUGUGGAUUCGCGAUCUUGCAGCUGAUAUAGCGGUGUUCCGGGCUUCCGUCGCAUGUGAUGAUAUCUUUUACGCGCGUCGUGUUCCUAUAAGCCUUUUGCCCUGCAAAAAAACCGAGAACUUGAACAAUGUCCGCUCAAGGAUAGAAACUUUGACCGAACUUCGUCUGUUUUGGUGGUCUGUUUGCUCUCAACUGGAUGACGUGGAACCUAUCGGUCAUCAGUUCGUUUCAAAUGUGUUCUUACCACACCUGAUCCGAGACACACUCACUGUUCUUCGACUGAAAGGAUAUGAGUCGUCGAAUAAGAGUUGCCCUCUCCCUUCCCUCGAGCCUCUGUAUGCAGACUACUCUUGGCCGUAUUCCGAGGGUGACCUGCUUGAGAAAUCUGGUCGUGAGAAAUGUGUGGAAGUGAGACCGUUAACCAACCGCCUUCGAUGUAUCUAUGCCGCGGUACCCGCCCUGUUAUCUUGGGCCUUUCCGGUGGCUCCUCUAAUCCACUCGAAUCAGGACCCCGACAACGCCAGUAUGCUGCAUUUUCUGAUCGCCCUAACACCAUUGCUGGCCGACGUUUGUUCUAUGGGCAACUUAUACAAACGUAUAUCCCACCAGUUGGCGAUGGGCACUUUCGGAUCUGCUGGAUUCGCACGAACACCUAAUGACGGCGUCGGUGAUGAACAUGUGGAUGGUCUAGAGUCGGGUGCCGAGUUGCUACUUUCUCGUUUCUCACUGAUUCCGUUAUGUGGAAAUGCUGAGCCAGAAAUUGCAGUCAAAGCAUGUUUGGAUAUCACGCACCACUUCCUGAAGCAUUCAUCCUGGAAAACGCGUGGUGUUGGACUUCUCCUUUUGCGGAACUUGGUGAUAAUGAAUCUACCGUCUUUUUGGACGUUGGAACAUCGAAAUACCGAAAGUGGUUUGGAUGCCGCCAGUUUUUUCCAGCGAAUUCGACAGUCCUUCGUAAACCUGUUAGCUGAUCCAUGGGUUGAAGUGUGCCACCUAGCUAUGUGUGCUUUAGCUGUCCUGAUCCAGAUGGGUGCGCUCAAGUUCGAGGAGGAAUGGGUGGAGGAACUCAUUCGCAAAACGAAAACACCCUAUUCGCGACGAAAUUGGUCUAACCCGUCAACAGAAGAUGUAACCACGUAUCAGUCGGCUAUACGUGAGCGACAUGCUGGCGUCCUUGGUCUUGCGGCCUUUGUCCACGCUUACCCUUAUACCACUCCAGAAUUUCUACCCAGAAUAAUUACAGAACUGGCAGUUCACGUUCACGAUCCACAACCAAUUGAGAAAACAGUCCGGGAUAGCCUAUCUUCCUACUCACGAAGUCAUCAGGAUACAUGGCAUGAGCAAAAGCAGAUGUUUACGGACGAACAAUUGGAAGAAUACCUCUCUGUGGUUUCAGCCGCAGCCUAUUAUAUUUGAUCACCAUUUGAACCUGGUUACCGAUGCAUCUUGCCCUUCCCUCUAUACACGUCACUAUUUUGAAUUAGCUUCUUUUGACUUGAGUUUUCACACAUUCAGUCGAGAAGACGUUCGUUUUGCGUUACAAACUUACCAUUUUCUUGAAAACGCUUACUUUUUCAGCACACGCUGACUGUGAAGAAAGC